UUUGGUGAUGUAAUGAAGUAAAAGAGGAGUAAAAUGGCGGAGAACAGUGGCACAGAUCCUGCCGUGGACAGGAACGCCGAGGAAAACGCUGCCACCAGCGGGACCAUUAUAAUGGUUACUGUCAAAACACCUAAGGAUAAGGAGGAAAUAGCGAUCUCGGAAGACGCGUCUGUUGCACAGUUCAAAGAAGAAAUCUCCAAAAGGUUCAAGGCAAAGCAGGACCAGUUAGUCUUGAUCUUUGCCGGCAAAAUCCUGAAAGAUGGCGACACACUCACUCAACAUGGCAUAAAGGAUGGCCUCACCGUUCACCUUGUCAUCAAAACUGCACAAAAGGCCACAGGCGGAGGUUCCACAGCUGCUUCGUCCAGCUCUGUAGCGUCGCAGGUCAGCAGCGGCACCACAGCCACGGCGAACACUAGUCCAGCUGGAAACCUGGGCACAUCACAGGGCACCGCAACAUCGCCGGCUCCCUCGCAGCCAUCCAACAUAUUCACUGGCUUCGGUGACCUGUCCAGUCUGUCUAACCUGGGCAUGGGCUCGGCCAACUUCAUGGAGCUCCAGCAGCAGAUGCAGCGGCAGCUCAUGUCCAACCCCGAGAUGCUCUCGCAGAUCAUGGAGAACCCACUGGUUCAGAACAUGAUGUCCAACCCCGACCUGAUGAGGCAGAUGAUCAUGGCCAAUCCGCAGAUGCAGCAGCUGAUGGAGCGAAACCCAGAGAUUUCACACAUGCUCAAUAACCCUGAGCUGAUGAGACAGACGAUGGAGUUGGCGAGGAACCCUGCCAUGAUGCAAGAGAUGAUGCGUAACCAGGACCGGGCGCUUAGCAACCUAGAGAGCAUCCCCGGGGGAUACAACGCUCUCCGGAGGAUGUACACAGACAUCCAGGAGCCCAUGUUUAGCGCCGCACGCGAGCAGUUUGGAAACAAUCCCUUCUCAGCCUUAGGUGGGAACACAGAGAACUCGGGGGUCCAGCCCUCCAGGACGGAGAACCGUGAGCCACUGCCAAAUCCAUGGGGACCGCCUGAGACCACUUCUACUGGGACUGCCACCACCAGCACCUCUACUGCAAGCUCCACCACCCCCAGUGUGUCCAAUCCCCUGGGCAUCAACUCUGCCAGCUUGGGCUCUGGCAUGUUCAACAGCCCGGGCAUGCAGAGCCUGAUGCAGCAGAUCUCCGAGAAUCCUCAGCUGAUGCAGAACAUGCUCUCCGCUCCCUACAUGCGCAGCAUGAUGCAGUCUCUGGCGCAGAACCCUGAUGUCGCCUCACAGGUGUUGAUGAACAACCCUCUUUUUGCUGGAAACCCCCAGCUGCAGGAGCAGAUGAGACAUCAGUUGCCAGUAUUUCUACAGCAGAUGCAGAACCCUGAAGCCCUCUCUGUGAUGACAAACCCACGGGCCAUGCAGGCUCUGAUGCAGAUCCAGCAAGGCCUCCAGACCCUCCAGACCGAAGCUCCUGGACUCAUGCCCAGUCUGAUUACCGGAGGAGUUCCUGGUGGGACCCCCGCAGGUGUUAACGUGACCCCCACAGGGGUUGCAGGGAUCCCCGCAGGGGUUAACGUGACCCCCGCAGGGGUUAAUGUGACUGCUUCCGAGAGUGCUCCUCCACCCCCUACUUCUGGACAGGGCUCCGCCCCUGCCGCCGGACCCAACUCCUCCCAACAGCAGCUCAUGCAACAGAUGUUACAGAUGUUCGCCGGCGGGAGCGCAUCGACCCAGACUCCGGAGGUGCGUUUCCAGCAGCAGCUGGAACAGCUGAGCGCGAUGGGCUUCAUCAACAGAGAGGCCAACCUGCAGGCGCUCAUCGCCACGGGAGGAGACAUCAACGCCGCCAUCGAAAGACUGCUCGGCUCGCAGCCAUCUUAAUCCCCGCACCACCUAAUCACAACCAGAGACAAGUCACAGUCACGAACACAGUCCCGGUCAUCACCUAAUAUCUGACAAAUAGACUGAAUUCCAGUUGCUUCUUCCUUUAACGCGGUUGAUCUGUGAAUCUUAGGAAAUUGGGGUUCUCAAAUUUAUUCCCUUAAAAAAAAAAAAAAAAAUCUCUCGCCGGAAUGACAUCAGGCUAAAACCCGUCAUUCAUUUCUGACUGCGUCCAUUAAUAAAUACAACAGGGCAAUGCUGUGAACCAAGUGUAGGUUAUCAUUCCUUUUAAUUGACACGUACUCACUCGAGGCACUACUUCUUUCUGGUUUUUGGGGAGUAGAAAAGCAUAAAGGUGAUCUUCCAAGUCAGAAGAACUCUCUGUCUUUCAUGAGGAUGGUCAGCUUCCUUAAUCUUAAUUUUUUUUUCCCCCUCUGUCACUCUCUCUCAUUCUCGCUCUCCCCCCUUCUCAUAAAUCACACCUGACUAAACCAGUAUUUAUUGCAAACACCUAGAGAUUACCUUUUACUCCCUUAUCAAUGCUCCAGGAUUCACAAAGCUGCUCAGCUGAGAUUAAUCGAAAUGUAAUCGAUGGAAAUGUCCGAGUGUUUGUCCGAGCCUCACGCAGACGAUUGCUUACUCUUCAGCUGUUUAGAGGGGAAUUAAUUAUUAUUUUUUUUCUUCCUUCUUCGUUUUGAAAGAUGUUCGAUAUCCAGUCAGCUCUUAGACUUUAUGCCUUUUAGGAGCAUUCUGAUUGAUUGAAUUGGUGGUUUUAAAAAAAACAAUUAAGCUUGUGGUUUUGGGGUAAGGUUGUAUAAUAAGGCAUCAAUAAAAAAACAACUAUUUCUCAGCUUACAAGCAACGCUGAAAGCAGACACCGUUUGUUUUGACCAUAUCUUUAUGCUUUGAAAUAGUACUCUAGUGUGUGUGUGUGGGGGGGAGGGGGGGAAGACCCGCAUUGUGCGCCGGAUACAUCAUCUUACAGUUGAUGUAGUGAGUACGCCUGGUAACAGCAUGAACGUGAUGCUUCCCUGUGCGCCGAUCUCAGUGCUAAUCAUCACGAGUCUAAUGGAACUAACAGUUGAGUUUUUGAUGUGAAUUAAAAUGUUUUUUUUUUUUCUUUUUUUGCUGCACGUUCAUAAUCCACUCUUUCAUCUUAUUUGAUUAAUUACAUUGCAAUAAUCUGAACUCAUUCUGGAGUUGGUAUGUUUCUUUAACAAAAAGUUGGCACCAAAUUGACAGCGAUUCUGUUUUAAUAAAUGCAUUUCAAGGCAUGUCUGUAGGGCUGGUAAUGGUGGGUAAUGAGGCAGAUAUGAGGUACUUGAAGGACACCCCCCCCCCCCCCCCCCAAUAAUUUAGUUUUGCUUUCAUAGUACUACACUGUAAAACCAGAUAAGUUCAUGUAACUCAAACUUGUUAUAUUUAAGUGUAUUGGGCUUAAAGAGAUUGAUUCACCAAUUGAGCUAAUUGGUUUCCUCUCAUGUAUUUUUUUUUUUAGUUAAAUGGACUUGUCCGGUUUUACAGUGUAGGAAAACGAAUAACGGACGACCUGUCAGUCGUUACCGUGAGUAAUUAUGCAGUUACUCAUCGUUAUAGAGCUACUAAUAAUAGCUUUGAUUGUCGCUGAAAAGAGCGUGUCUGACCAAAAUAAAAAAUAUAUAUAAAUAUUCAUGUUCUAUCUAAUCAUGAAAAGGUUAAAGGUGUGCAUGGGACUGUUUUAAUUCCACUUCCACCUAUUCCUGCAGCUAUUAUUAUUAUUAUUAUUAUUAUUAUUAUUGGGACGUUGUGUAAUGAACUUAGUCAUAUCGUAGAUGAGGGGCUAAAAUCUUAACGUCUACCAGUAGCUUGAUGAUGAAAUUAUUACGGCUGCGCAAUGCAUUAUAUCAUAUAAUGUUUACGUACCCGUUUUAAAGGCGAAUCGGCAGCCUUUUAGUGCGAUUCCCUCUGAAUACCACAAACGCAGAAGUCGAACUAAAAAUCUGAAGCUGCGCAACGUGCUUAGUCUAUCGACUUUUAGUUGCUAGUUAGGCGGGGACGGAAAAACGAUGAUGGAGUAAUUAAUCCACUUCGUUCCCAUUUAUUAGUAUUUCGCAUGCGCCUUCUCGGGCGCUGCUGCUGAUGUGUGACGGAUGUCUCUGAAUAAUAUCACCCAGAUGAAGACCCAACCUAAGGGGCGUGUCACUCUGUAAUCACCGUCACUGAUAGACUGCACGAAUCUACAGUAUAGGCUGGAAAGACGUCAGCCCCAGCCUCACUUCUCGCUCCUUCACACCAUUCUAUUAUUUAUAUUUAUAUAUAUAAUGACUUGGUAGUGCUGUUGUGCUCAUUUCCACAAAAGUCUACAAGAAUCCACUUUAAAACAUUUCGUAACCGCUAAUUCUACCACAGCGUGGCAAUUCACAAGGUGUGCGUUCAUUUACUCUCAGAGCAUGGCUCGUGCUGUAGUCAGGUUUCUAUGAAUGCACCACUUCUAAAGUAUCAUCUCAUUCAGAGGGGCUUCUACGGCAGACGCUCUAUGUAAAUCUAUAGCGUAUAAUAAACUAUAUAAAUAAUCAAAUGUGGCGUUCAACAAAGAACGGCAUCAUUUUUGAUGUGGAGAGGUUUUCUCUAAUGUGGGGAUGCUUAUGUAACAUUUAUGGAAGGAGUCUCCAGUGUCAGUGCUUCAUUGGGAAGUUUCCCCAUCUUCCAGAGAGAGGAGUUUAUGCUUCUUUUUUUCAGUGUCUCGCUCACAUGAAGAGAUUCUUCUUUUCUUUUCUUUUUUUUUUUUUUCUUUCCUUUUCCGAGUGAGGAAUAAAGAAAUGCUGGUGAGGGAAUGACUGUUUGAAGCGACUAACCUAAGGGAACAACAGGAAAUAAUUUGUCUCGCUGACCUUCCACAACAUUAAAUGUAACUAUGAGCAGAUGAA